GAGGGAGGAAGAGCGAUGCGCUCAGGGACAGCGCCGGGAGUCGCUAGAGGGAGGUGUGGGACCGGCGAGGAGGGGGCUUCACGAGGGAGGGUGCUGGCAGGCGGAGGGAGCAGCGGGAGGAGGCGCCGAGGGAGGAGACGCAGGCCUGGGGACGGCAGAGGCAGCUUCGCCCCAGCCCAGCGCUCUGCCUCCCGCCGCGCCGUCUCCAAGCCUCUCGGCCCGUGGGGAGCGCGAGGCCGCCGCCGCCGCCGCCGCCGCCCGCGGGAGGGAGGGAGCCGAGCCCGGGCGCGCACGCUCGGCCGAGCCCCGGCGCGCCCCGCGCCCGCGCCUGCUGACAGCUGCAGCUGGGCGCGAGCUGUGCGCUCCGGCCGCAGCGGCCUCGGCCCCUCCGCACUCCGCCCUCCGCCCGCUCGGACUCCUUCCCCUCCCCGCCUCUACCCCUCCUACCCUGUCCGGGGUGCGGAUCGUUUCGCAACUGCUCGCCUCUCGCCCCGGGUCCAGCUGCUUUUCCCGAUCUCGGCUCCCACUUGAGUACUUCCAUUUGGGGAAAGGGGCUGCAAAGGGGUCGGGAGAGAGAUACAGAGGAAAGAGCGAGGCCCGUAGCGGAGAGUCGGAAGGCUUGUGGGCAAGGGGACCCACGCCACCCUUUCUGGUCAUCUCCCUCUCCGCCCCGCCCCUACGCACACUCCUUCGCGGACGAGCUACUUUCGGACGAGCAAAGUGAGGCCGGCCCUGGGUGACAGCGCCGCGGGGCCAGUCCCGGGGAAGCCGCGCGUCUGCUCUCCUGUCGUCCGUCGCGCUCCCCACCAGAGCUCAGCCCGCACCGAGGAUGGCUUCGACCACCACCUGCACCAGGUUCACCGACGAGUAUCAGCUUUUCGAGGAGCUCGGAAAGGGGGCGUUCUCAGUGGUGAGAAGAUGUAUGAAAAUCCCAACUGGACAAGAGUUUGCUGCCAAAAUUAUCAACACCAAAAAGCUUUCUGCUAGGGAUCAUCAGAAACUGGAAAGGGAAGCUAGAAUCUGCCGUCUUUUGAAACACCCCAACAUUGUGAGACUUCAUGACAGCAUAUCAGAAGAGGGCUUCCAUUACUUGGUGUUUGAUUUAGUUACUGGAGGCGAACUAUUUGAAGACAUAGUGGCAAGAGAAUAUUACAGCGAAGCUGAUGCGAGUCAUUGUAUACAGCAGAUUCUAGAAAGUGUAAAUCAUUGUCACCUAAAUGGCAUAGUUCACAGGGACCUGAAGCCUGAGAAUUUGCUUUUAGCUAGCAAAUCCAAGGGAGCAGCUGUGAAACUGGCUGACUUUGGCUUAGCAAUAGAAGUGCAAGGAGACCAGCAGGCAUGGUUUGGUUUUGCUGGUACACCUGGAUAUCUCUCUCCAGAAGUUUUGCGCAAAGAUCCUUAUGGGAAGCCUGUGGAUAUGUGGGCAUGUGGUGUCAUUCUAUACAUUCUGCUGGUGGGGUAUCCACCCUUCUGGGAUGAAGACCAACACAGACUCUAUCAGCAGAUCAAGGCUGGCGCUUAUGAUUUUCCAUCACCAGAAUGGGACACAGUGACACCUGAAGCCAAAGACCUCAUCAACAAAAUGCUUACCAUCAACCCUGCCAAACGCAUUACAGCCUCAGAGGCACUGAAACACCCAUGGAUCUGUCAACGUUCUACUGUUGCUUCUAUGAUGCACAGACAGGAGACUGUAGACUGCUUGAAGAAAUUUAAUGCUAGACGGAAACUUAAGGGCGCCAUCUUGACAACUAUGUUGGCUACAAGGAAUUUUUCAGCAGCCAAGAGUUUGUUGAAAAAACCAGAUGGAGUAAAGGAGCCCCAAACUACUGUAAUCCACAACCCUGAUGGAAACAAGGAGUCAACUGAAAGUUCAAAUACAACAAUUGAGGAUGAAGAUGUGAAAGCACGGAAGCAAGAGAUUAUCAAAGUCACUGAACAGCUGAUUGAAGCUAUCAACAAUGGGGACUUUGAAGCUUACACAAAAAUCUGUGACCCAGGCCUUACUGCCUUUGAGCCUGAGGCAUUGGGUAACUUGGUGGAGGGAAUGGACUUUCACCGGUUCUACUUUGAAAAUGCUUUGUCCAAAAGCAAUAAGCCCAUCCACACGAUCAUCCUGAACCCUCACGUCCACCUGGUAGGGGACGAUGCUGCCUGCAUAGCGUACAUUAGGCUCACACAGUACAUGGAUGGCAGUGGAAUGCCAAAGACAAUGCAGUCGGAAGAGACCCGUGUGUGGCACCGCCGGGAUGGAAAGUGGCAGAACGUUCAUUUUCAUCGCUCGGGGUCACCGACAGUACCCAUCAAGCCACAGUGUAUUCCAAAUGGGAAAGAAAACUCAGGAGGCACCUCUUUGUGGCAAAACAUCUAAGGCCUGAAAACCAUUCACAUACGGGUCUUCUAAUUAUCAACAGUGCCACUCCUGCAUUCUCUGUUCUCAAGGCACCUAGAGGUCACCCUGGGCCGUCCUCUCUCCUCUUCAUGCAUGUUUCUGAGUGCAUGAAGUUGUGAAGGUCCUACAUGUAAAGCAUAUGUGAUACAUCAUCUUAUCAUAUAUUCCUUCCUACAUUGUUUACACUUCAACUACCAGGAUGGGAUGUUCCAUGCAAACUUAAAUUACUGUUGGAGAAUAAUUGGGGGAGAUCAGACAAAAAAAAAUUCACAAUAUUCCAAAUAAAACCUAUUCAUCAAGUUUCUUUGUUUAUGCCAAGAUUUAACAGAAUUUUAAAAAAUGUUCUCCAAAUGACAGUUUGUAAGAGAAAUGUAAAUUUUUUUAGAUCUCUUUGCUGUUAAUCUGUUUUUUUUUUUUCUUUAAGGCAAAAAAUAUAUAUACCUUCAGUUUCCUGUUGUGAUCCUGGUUGAAAUGGAUGAUUUUUCUCUGAAUGUUUUUGUGUUGAACAAUGAAAGUGGGCUGAUAUGUGGGCAAAAUCACAUGAAUAUAGACGCAAGAAUCACUUGGUGUGUUACCAUCAAAGCCAUGUUGGUUUUGGUCAAACUGUGUAAACUGGAAACGUUCACAUCAUUGUGAGUUUGAUCACUGUAGGAUAGACUCACACCAUUCUGGUGAAUUGACUGAGUUUCCCCUCUGUCUCUCUUUCUCAUAUCUUCCAGCUUUCUUCAUUUUAUCCUACUUGUUUUACUCCUUAUGUUUGCUUCCUUUUUAUUUUUCAUUUGUUUUUCCAUUCUUUAUUUUCCUUUCUUUCUUUGGCUGGUAGUAUGUAAGGAAAAGAUUAAACAUGUAAUUUGCAUAGUAAAGGUAAAAUAAAAACCAAGGCCUUUGGAAGGACCUGAACUAGCACUUUUGAUUAUGUUCAGAGCCCACAAAACUUGUGAAGAGGACUUUGAGUAAAGAUUUUUGAAAUUCUGCUUGAGCUCCUGUUUGGAGUUAGGUAUUGUAACUGUGUGGGAGGUGUUAUAAGUAUUAAGGCUGUGUACCAUAAGUAAGGCCCUGCUGUAACUACCUUACUGCCUGGGAAGAUUGCCAGGAGAAUACAAAUCAAGAGCAGAUCAGGGUUUUGUGCAAAAGCACGUGUUUCCACCUCCUGCAAUGAGGGUCCUUCCUGCCUGUCACUAGCACUUUUCUAAAGUUAGAGAGCUUAGUCAUGUUUUUUCAUUCUCUUAAGUGUUUUGAACUUGAUCUUUGUGACUUGUGCUUUUUGAGCUUCUCUCUUGAGUCAGUAUCAUUAUCUUCCUCCAAGGAGUUAGGAUUUUCCAGUUUAAAACAAAAAGAAAAGGGAAAUGUCCCAGUUUUCUUUGUGCUUCACAUUUCUCCUUUGUAGAUUCAAUCCCCAUGAGGCUUUUUCUCUUCCCUGAAAUGCUUUAGAAUGCAUGGACUCUCCAGCAGCAUUGUUUUAACCAUAGAUACACUCCUCAGAAGCCUAUUUUUAAAGCAGAAGCAAAAAAAUACAAACAAAACAUCUUUUUCUCACACUUCACCUUUCUGUGUUGAUUACUAAUCACCUUAGGUAUUGUUGCUAGUGGAUGUAUGGUAGAUGGGUUGAAGCUUUUCUGAUAAUUAUUACACAAUUUAAAACAAUAUAUAUUUAAAAUGAAUAUAUACAGUAAAUGUAUUGAGCCAUGUUAACCUGCCAAUGAGAUCUGUGAAAAAGUAAUGGCCUCAGUUUCCCUUUAUAAUUUCUUUUACCUUUUUGUGAAGAGGCUAUAAGUGGCAUACAUGUAUUUAAAAAUAUAUAGGUAUAGAGUGUUUUUUUUUUACACUUUUAACUUAGCAUGUGGUGUUGAAGUAUUACUGUAGAUCAAGUUUGUCUUCCACACUACAAUGUGAGGAAAUUGUGAUUCGUUCUCUCCACCACAAUCGAAUUACACAUUUAUUACCUUCUAUCAUUUUGGAACACUGCAGUUUACCAUGGGACACUGUAUAUAUUUCUUGCCAUAAUGGUAAAUGACUGAUUGAUAUAUUUAAGAGUUAAUAAAUUUGUGAUUUCUGCUGA